UGGAAAAAUCGCGCCCGCAAAUGGAGGCGCCUGGGACGAGCUGCGCGAGCGCCAUCGCGUUCGACUCCUCUCUCUCCCUCUCGGCCGCCGUGGGCGGUGAGUUGCCGCAGCCCAGCUACAGAGAUGAUCUCUGUCCAGGCUCUCACUUCAGCGGUCUCUACGGUCCCGGCGAAAUGGGAGAUGGCGGAGUCCACUGGCUGCGGCUGACCGACAUCCGUCCGGAUGAGUACCUGGAUCUGCACGCGUGCGGCUUUGAUUCUGAUCUCUACGUGUUUGAAGGCUCAAGCUGCGAGAGCCUGAGCCUUGUCGCCUGCAAUGGGGAUACGCUGGCGGACGAUCCGAUUUACCAAAAGUGCUCCGUCAUUUAUGACUCAACUUUGCGCUCAUUCGAGCUCAGUGCGGACCAAGAGUACUACGUCGUGAUUGGCGGGUGGAAGGGAAGCACCGGGCCUGUCAACGUCACCGCAAGCUAUCGGCCCAAACCUCCGUCGCAGCCGCCACCGUCGCCUCCGCCGUCGCUGCCUCCCUACCCUCCAAACGAGGCACCCCUCCCGCCGUCGCCGCCGUCGCCGCCGUCGCCGCCGUCCUCACCGCCGCCGCCCUCCGCGCCACCGCUGCCGCCCUCGCCAUCGCCUCCACCAGAGUGGACGGAAGCUGCUACGACUCGGUGCGCAUCGACGGCAUCGACUACUGCGGGACCUCCUUCCCGGACCGCAUCGUCGUCGCAUCUGAUGGUCGGAUCCAAUUUCGGAUUGAUCAGCGAGUCGGUGCGGGGGGCUGGGAGCUCUGCUGGGGGCCGACGACUCCGCAGCCGCCGCCGCUGCCGUCUCCGCCGCCUCCGCCGCCGUUGCUGAUCCCCGCGACAGACCCGGUCGAUGUGACCCUGUUUCUCCUGGUCGCCGCCGUCCCCCUCAUCCUGCUCACGUGCUUCGCCUCGGGAUACCUCUCGCGCCGCUGCCAGGGCAUGGACUGGAGCCGGUACGACCCGCGUCGCUGCCUCUGCCCCUGGCGAUACCGGCCAAAGGACGCCUUCGCGCCGACGCGGCGCGAGCGGGCGCACGCGGCGCUGGGGCAAGCGAAGCGAGUGCUCGGCGUAACGCCGGCCACAGCUUGCGCCGCCGCCACCGAGGCCCCCCGGGCAAACGGCGUCUGGGUGCACGGCGAGAAGGCGAGCCUGCCCGUCGUCGAGGCGGGGAUGAGGCCGGCGAGGGCGAGCUCCCUGCCGCCGACCGCCGGCGGAAAGCAACUGCGCUUUGGACGUGGCACGGCAGCACCGCCCCUGCGCGCCAUCUCUGAGAUGCGCUCGUGUGGGACUCGCUCCUUUAGCGCGCGCUCGUUUGGCUCACGCGCGUCGGACGCGAACUCGACUCACUCGCGCGGCGUCUCGCUCACCGCAGACGCGGUUCCCCGCGCCACGCUGGCGAGAGCGAGCGAUUGCGAGCCCGCCACGGCCCGCGUUCCUCCCCGGUGGGCUCGGGCGCACACCUACGCGGGCUCCACGGCGACAGCGACGCUGAGCGGCGACAGCGACAGCGGCAGAUCGUCGCACGGAGCACCCCCUGCAGCAGGGGCCGGCCAAGCGAGCAGCAGCCGGUCCGAUGGCGCGGUGAAGCGGACGAAUAGCUUGGAUGUUGCGCGCCGCUGGCUCGACGACGCGCUCGAGGCGUUCGGCGGCGCGAGCAACUCGCCCCGCCGCUCGAGCGCCUCCGCCAGUGGCACAUCGCCCCAGAACGAGGAGGCUGUGCCUCCGUCGGCGCUCGCCGACGCCAUGCAGCAGAGCUUCGUGGUCGAAGGCCGCCCCAAGCGUUUGCCAUCGUUGCCGCACAUCUCAAUUGCAGGCGGAGAUUCUGAGCCGCCGGGGUACGAGACGAGAGAGGUCUGAAAACACAACACACACAACCACGCGCGAGAGAGGGCAGUAGAGCUAGAGGGCGCGCGGGGGCCAUGCGGCAUGUUCAUAUAAGCUUCGUGUGUAUUGUGUAUGUGUAGUCGCCCUGGUCGUACUGGGACCCCUUAUUACACUGAGCCGUUUUACUC